GGCGAGGGUUAUACUCUUUAAGGCAUCAAAAAUACUUAAGACAUGCCAGUCCAAAUAAGCUCAUCGAUCCCUUUAGUGGUCGAAAAAAAACUCACCCAAAUGGUGAAACCCUCAGAACACAUACCUCCUCAAACCCUUUCUCUUUCAACACUUGACAAUGAUCCAGACAAUGAGGUCAUUUACAAGACUAUUUACGUUUUCAAAGAAAAGAAAGCUCUUGACGAUGCUGACCGGCCGGAAACUUUGCUUAAGGAGGCUUUAUCCGAUCUUCUUGUGUGUUAUUAUCCACUCUCAGGGAUUUUGAAGCGGUGGGAAAGUGAUAGAAAGCUUCAAUUGACCUGUGGGGGCGAUGAAGGCGGUGUGGCAUUCACGGUGGCUACUACAAAUGUGGAACUGUCUUCCUUGAAGUAUUUAGAUAACAUUGACUCAGAUACGGCCUUGAAGUUCUUGCCUCAUGAGCUCCAAGUGGAGGAUGGUUAUCGACCUUUUGCUUUGCAGGUGACCAAAUUUAGGUGUGGAGGAUUCACCCUAGGGAUAGCGAUGUCGCAUGCAAUGUGUGAUGGAUAUGGACUAGGUCAUACCAUGUGUGCCUUGGCGGAGUUGGUUGGCGGGAAAAAGAAGCUGAGGGUGACGCCCGUUUGGGAAAGAGAAAGACUCGUGGGAAAGCCGAGAGAAGAUGAUCAACCUCCCUUUGUUCCUGUCUACACGGCAGUUUCGCCCUACUUACCUACGGAUGAUUGGGUAACUGAAAAUAUAAAUAUUAGUGCGGAGAGCAUAAGAAGGUUGAAAGAAGCUACAUUGCGAGAAUACGACUUCUCUAACGAGGCACCAACUACUUUUGAAGUUAUCGGUGCUUAUUUGUGGAAAUCAAGAGUUAAAGCUCUGAGUUUAAAUCAAGAUGGUGUCACAGUGUUAGGUUUACCUGUGGGAAUUCGAAAAGUCGUGGAUCCGCCUUUACCCGAUGGGUACUAUGGGAAUGCAUACAUUGAUAUGUAUGUGCCAUUAACCACAAGGGAAGUGGGAGAAUUUAUGAUCUCAGACAUCGUGAAACUCAUAAAAAAGGUGAAGAAAAAAGCUCACGAUAAAGAUUAUCUUCAAGAAGAGCUUUCAAACACUGAAGAUAUCAUUAAGAUGAAUUUAACGAACAAAGACAAAAAAGAUGGGUUGUUUUUUUUGACGGAUUUGAGGAAUGUUGGGAUUUUUGGAUCUAUGGAUUUCGGAUGGAAUGAACCGGUGAAUAUCGUCCAAGUGGUCCCGCCAGAAACAGCUAGGACAAUUGGUAUGUUCAUGCGACCGUCGAGAUUGGAACCAGCGAUGGUUGGAGGAGUUCAAAUUAUGAUUACGUUGCCAAAAGCUGCAAUGGCUAAGUUCAAGGAAGAGAUUAAUGCUCUAGCUAAAGUAUAAAUAGUCUUUCUUUUGUAUGUGGUAAUCUGAAUAAUAAAAUAAAAUCAAUAAA